AUGGAUGCAGUCACAUCACGCCAGAUCUUUACCAGACCAACUGUUGUGCCUCACAGGGAUCACAUCAUCCACAUAUGCGCUCCGGAUGCAGAUGCAACACAAGCCAUUCGCAACCCGGGUGCCAACCUUACAUAUUGCAACACGACGCACGCCCACCACCCGCGCCCUCCCUCUUACGCCGUCUGCCCAACCUGCGGCCACUCCAUCCCCAACAACAGCAACGCGCCACAUCCCACAUGCCCAACGUGCGGGCAAACCGUAUUCCAAUACGCAUCACACACGGCACAACACUACGCCGCCGCGGCCCCAGACCCACGCGAUACGCUGCUAUACGGUCGUCGCCCGGACGACUACCUGCCCGCGCCACCGCGGUUCUUUCGGGACGAUGCUGGCAUCCGCUGGAUCCCGACCCUUCCGGACGGCGCGGCGAACUUUAACUUUCGGGGACAUGAUGGUGGCGGGGGCAUGAAGUGGAGGUCGGGCGGUGGUGCCGUGGGCACGGGUGGUGAGAGGAGGGUAUUUCACCCGUAG